CCAUGAAAGCCCCUACAAAACUUCAGAAGAUCACUGGCUUUCACCUGUCAUCAAGCUGGACAGCAGCUCAGGAGAGCUGGCUGCCUGGAGGAGAUGAUGCCGACACAGGAGGCGCUGCUGGCUCUGCAGAAGACCGGGUUGACAGGCACGGAACACCUAACUGUCCCUCUAGAUCCGGACUUGAGCAGAGUCUCUACCUCUCAUCUCGGCCGAGCAGAGUGUCAGGCUGUGCCCCAGCCUUGGCCACAGUCUGCAUCCCUGUGCUGGAGAUGCGUUCUAAGUCUCAUGGGAGCCAGGCUAGAGAGUGGCUGUUCAGGGAAACCCACCCCCAACGCCCUAGACACGACUCAAAGUUUCCAUUCUACUGCCCGCCGCGGGUCAAGAGCGCCAUCCCCAGAGAGCAAAGACCGCCCGAAACCGCAAUCCCUUUGCUGAAGUUAGGAGCCGCCCGGGGCUCUGUGGGACCUGGGAGGUGGCUCGAGAGACUUUGCAGAAGCGCGCAGGAACCAGCCUCCGACCUGGGGCGCUCGGCCGUGGGGCUGAUCUCCGUACUCUCCCGCCACUGGGGUGGGAGCGCGUCCUUCUCUCGAGUUCGGGGACCGCCCGAGAAGGGGGCUGGUGGCCUUUUUCUCUCUACCCCCUUUCUGGGCUCGCGCGCCUUCCAAGCCCCAAUCCUGGUGGGGCUGAGCGCCCCCACCCGCCCAGCAGUGCCGGGCGCCUCUGCAGCGCCACCUGCACGCGGAAAGCGGUGGCAGCGGCUGGAACUGGCGUCCAAGGAGGAGCAGCAGGAGGAGGACAUAUCGGCUCCUCUGCCCCCAGCUUUCUUCGCUGGCACGAGGCCUCCCUUCGCCGCCUCAGCCCCAAGCGGCCUGACCAGCCCAGCCCCGAGCCUUGUCCCGCGCCCUCCCCGGCGCAGGCAGCCAACGCCCCGAGCUUCCACUCCUGCUGCUGCGUUCUGAGCGGCCUCCUGCCCCGGGCGCCUCUUCUGGGGAAGCAGUGAAGUCACACUGGGCCCGAUCCGCUGACUCAUGAGAAUGAGACUCUUCCCCGCUCCCCGGCACACCCUUUG